AUGGUAGCAGCCAUUGGGCUGAUUUCUAUUACUCGGGGUUUGCCGUUGAACGAUCCAGCCCACGAUGACCCACAACAAUCCUCUUCACCUUUGAAUAUCGCAAACAUUGAUCUCCACCGCACAGUGUUUGGUGAUAAUGGUAGUGGACAACUACCGAUGCAAGCUAGUACACCUGAUUCUGAUGCUGCCGCGCAGCAUGCGGUACUCGCUGCAGUUGACUUAAAUGGUGAUGAAGAUGAGACUACUACUUCUAUUAAGCACCAUCACCAUGAUGACGACGACGAUGAUGAAGACGACGACGAUGAAAACGACGACGAUGACGAUGAUGAUGAUGACGACGACGAUGAUGAUGAUGACGACGACGAUGAUGAUGACGAUGAUGACGAUGACGAUGACGAUGAUGAAGAUGUCAACAUUGUCCAUCAUCGCGUAUCCCAUCAUGGCCCAUUACCUAUCCUUCGAUUGAAAAAACGUGGUGGUGACAAGUCCCCUGAGUUGCCUCCAGGCCAGCCAACAGAAUUACCAUCACAAGAAGCAAUUGACGCUCUCGAAGAAGAAAUUCAAGCUGCAUUGGGACAUCCAUCAUCUGGCAAGAGCAAAGAUAAAUCGUCAUCUUCUGAUAAGCAUCAUGGAUCAAAAAAGAAACAUGACGACAAGCCCAAGGACCAUAAGAGCAAGGAUGAUCACAAAGAUAAGAAGGAGGAUCACAAGGAUAAGAGCGAGCACAAGAAAGGCAGUGACAAGAAGAAGCACAAAUCACAUCAUGAGGAUAAAAAGAAGCAUCACAGCAAGGAAAAGAAGCCUCAUGGACACAAGAACAAGAAGCCCAAGGUCAAGUCGGCUGUUGCUUUACCUGCUGCUGCAGCUGCUGGUGCCGGUGCUGCUGAAGCUGCUCAUCACAUUGCCAAGCAUGAAGAUGAUCCAUCAUCAUCAUCAUUGAGCGAUGAGAUUGCGUCUGCUGAAAAGGAAGCCGAUGAUGCUGUGGAAGAAGCUAAGAAGAAAGAUGACGGCAAGGAUGUACACGAAGAGCACACUACUCAAAACGGCCCACUCUCACUUGGUGAUGAUACAUCUAUCGGCGUUGAUGAUGAUACCCUUGCACCCGUGAACAACCUCUUAGCUGACAAGAAUGGUGACAGCCUUGUUGCACCUGUGAACGAGCUCUUAUCUGAUGAAAAUGGCAAUCAAAACCUUGCUGCACCUGUCAACGAUCUUUUAUCUGACAAGGAUGAUGACAGCCUUGUUGCACCUGGGAACCAUUACUUAUCCGGCCAAAGCAAGGAGGAAGAGCUUACUGUAACAACGGAUGAUGAUCCUGUAUCCGAUGUAUCCGAUGAGCAAAGUGAUCCUGUUGCCUCACCACCUGUUCAGCAAUUCAAGUCCAAGCAUCACAAGCAAGAGGAUGAUGAAGAUGGUGACGACGAUGACAAUGACGGUGAUGACGAUGGUGAUCAGCAUGGCGAUGAAGAAGAUGAUGAUGACGAUGAGGACGACGACGAUGAUGAAGAUGAAGAAGACGAAGAGGAGGAAGACGAAGAGGAGGAAGAUGAAGAGGAAGACGAAGAUGAGGAUGAGGAUGAUGAUGAUGACGACGACGACGACGAUGAUGAUGAUGACGAUGAAGAUGAUGAAGAUGACGAAGAUGAGGAGAAGCCUAAACAUACCAAGCAUCAUCACAAGAAGCCUGCACAUAAGGAGCCUGAGCACAAGGAACCUGAGCCUAAGCCUGAGCCCAAGCCUGAACCUAAGCCUGAACCCAAGCCUGAACCGGAACCUACACAUCAAGAUGCACCAUCACCUCCUCCACCUCAAGAAGAACCUCCUAAACAAGAAGAACCUGAACAACCUCCACAAGAAGAGCCUCAACAGGAUGAUACCCAAGAUCAAAAUGGCAGCAUCUUUGAUGUUCCCAACAAUUGGAUCUAA